AUGCAGAAAACUGCCAAAACCAUGGCUGAUGUUGUUAGCUUUGAUCAGCAUUCUUGUGGGAUGUUUCCUAGGAUCAUCAGUCCGUACGAUGAUGGAAAAUUGUCAUCAUUUUAUGUAACUGAAGGUCUAGAUUCCAUCUGGCAACAUACAAUAUUCGAUGAAGGCUACAAGUUUGAUCCUCAGCCUAAAGAAAAUCCCAGUAAAACAAAGUAUCUGCUAGCAUUAGCAGUUGGGAUUAAGCAGAAAGUAAUUGUGAACAAAAUAGUCAGCAAAUUCUCUGAGAAUUUUACAAUAGUGUUGUUUCACUAUGAUGGGAGAGCAAGCGAAUGGGACAACGAAUGGUCACAAAGAGCUAUACAUAUCUCUGCAAAGAGACAAACUAAAUGGUGGUAUGUGAAAAGAUUUCUUCAUCCAAAUAUAGUGGCAGAAUAUGAAUAUAUAUUCAUAUGGGAUGAAGAUUUUGGGGUAGAGAAUUUUAGUGCAGAAGAGUACAUAAAAGUGGUGAAGAAAUAUGGGCUUGAAAUAUCACAGCCAGCAGUAACUUCAACAAAAGGGUUGACCUACAAGAUGACACUUAAAAGAGAUGGAGUUGAAGUCCACUGGCAAGCUGUGGAAGAUAAUUGCCAGAGUCUGUUCUUGCCACCUUGUGCAGGGUUUGUCGAAAUAAUGGCUCCAGUAUUCUCAAGUAACAUAUGGAGUUGUGUUUGGAACAUGAUUCAGAAUGACUUAGUUCAUGGUUGGGGAAUUGACUUUGAAUUUUAUAGAUGUGUUGAGAAGCCACAUAUAAGGAUAGGUGUUGUCGAUUCACAAUGGAUAAACCAUUUGGUAUUGCCAACACUAAGUAAUGAGGUAUUGCUUGUAGCAUACAAAGACAAGCACAUUUACACUGUUUGGUAA